AUGAGCACAGUGAAUGAACUUUUAAAUUAUUUUGUUGUAAAUGAUGAUAAUGACGAUUUGAAUAAAAAUGAUGAAAAAAAUAAAAACAAAGAAAAAACGGUCGUAAGAAGAUAUUUUCCUGGAAAGAAACCUCAUUAUGCAAAAAAAGGGGAAGACGAUGAUGAUGAUGAAGAGGAAGAUGAAGAACCAGGAGAUCGUAACCAACUGGAGGAACAAGAAAAAGGAGAAAGAGAAUUUAACAAAGUUAUUAAUGAACCACUAAUAAAAAAAGAACAUGAAAAUAAAAAUAUAAUUACGCAAACUAUUAAACAUAAUAAUAAUAUUGAUAAUAGAUAUGAAAGAUUAAAAAAUAAAAAUUUAGGGGGAGAUAAUCAGGAAAGGAUAAGAAGCAGAAGAAGAGAAGUAACCAUAAUUGAUAACAAAGAAAAUGAAAAAUUAGUUGAACAUAUUCAAGAAAAUACUAAAAAGGUAGAUGAAUACGAAGAUAUUAUAAAAAAUAUUAAGGAAUAUAAUAAAAAAGACGCAGGUGAUUAUAAUGAUGAUGAUGAAAACGACCACGAAGAUCAUGAUGAUGAAGAUGAUGAUGAAGAUGAUGAUGAAGAUGAUGAUGAAGAUGAUGACGAAGAUGAUGACGAAGACGAUCCCGCUUCAGAUGAUGAUUAUAUGAAUGAAGGAAAUAACGAAAGAAUUAUGAAACAUGAAUUUAAAUUGAAAACAUCACGAAGGACACUUAUGGAAAAUAAAAACAAAGAAGAAGCGGAGAAAAAAACCUUACAAAACCUAAACGAAGAAAAAGAAUUAAUAGAAAUAGAAAAAAAAGAAAAUGCAAUAAAAGAAGUUUUAAACCAAGACAUGUUAGAAGAAAAAUUAAAAAGUAAAGAAAAUAAUGUUUUUUCCUCCGAAGAAGAUUUUGAGGAAGAUGAACAAGAUGAAGAAUUAAAUGAAGAAGAAUACGAAUUGUGGAAAAUAAGACAUAUCAAUAGAUUAAAAAGAGAUGAAUUAGAUCGAAAGAAACAUGAAAUCUUGGAAUUAGAAAUAAAGAAAAGGAGAAAAAUGACAGAUAAAGAAAUUAUACAAGAUAAUAAAACAUUACCAAAUAAAGAAAAAAAAAAAAAAAGAAAAAUGUUAUUUAUGCAAAAGUAUUAUCAUAAAGGAGGUUUCUAUCAAGAUUUAUUUGAAGAAGGUAAAGAAGAAAUAUAUUUAAGAGAUUAUAAUGAACCAGUAUAUGAGGAUAAAGUUGAUAGACAAAAUUUACCAAAAGUAUUGCAAGUAAGAAGAGGAAAAUUUGGAAAACAAGGACAAUCCAAAUAUACACAUUUAUUGGAUAAUGAUACAUCUCGAAAAGAUUCUUUGUGGAAUAAUAUUGAAUCUAAUAUUAAAUUCAAGGACAAGAAAAAGGAUCAAUUUGAUAGACCUACAUAUAGAAAAAAAAAUUAA